AUGCUGCUGCUAAUCGUGUCCACCGUUCUCUGGGCAGCCCCCUACCUGGUCGCAGGUCAGACUGCAGCGGCCGAGGCAUAUGCCCCGAGCUUCUCGCUGUGCCCUCCCGGAACGUCUCUAAUUCGUGAAGCUGGGACAACCGCACAGAAUCUAAGCUUCGGCGAGUCUGCGUACAUCUCUAACAGAACAUCGAAGGUCCUGCCCGAGGCAUGGCGAACUUAUCUUGCAUCUGUGCAAAUCAGUACGCACGAUGAAGUUAUUUUGCCUGGAUACGUCUCCGCCAUUCUCGAGGGUGCGAAUGGCAGCGAGUACUACCCCAAGCUUGGAAUUGCGACCAGCGGCGGUGGGUACAGAGCUGCCAUUUUUGGCGCCGGCGUUCUGAACACUCUGGAUGCACGCAACGUGACGUCGAUACGAGCGGGAACCGGUGGUCUCCUUCAGGCCGCGUCUUACCUCUCAGGUCUUUCGGGUGGUGGAUGGCUUGUCAGCUCUCUUGUUCAGGCAAACUUCCCGACGCUCCCGAAGCUGAUUUUUGGAGCACCUAACGCGAGCGCUCAGACCUUUGGAGGGUGGAACGUGCAACUCGACUUAUUGACGCCGAGCACGAACACCUCUGUGGAAGAUUAUCUUGUCGAGCUGAUCGAAGAGGCCUCGGGCAAGGCGCUCGAAGGAUUUCCGGUGACGAUCACGGACGUCUGGGCGCGCGCUCUCUCACGCCAUUUCGUAAACGGGACGAGCGUGCAGAACUUUGCAAACAGCACUCUUCCUCACGGCGCAGGUAUCACCUUGUCUUCUCUCGCAAAUUUACCGUCUUUUCAAUCAUACGUGCAACCAUUCCCCAUCAUCACCGCAGAUUCAAUAGCUCAGAGAGAGAACACAUCAAACAUUGUUCCUGGUAAUACUGUGCCCCUCACGGAUCCAAUUUACGAAUUUAAUGUCUACGAAAUGGGGUCGUUCGAUCCUGUACUAGGAGCGUUCACACCUACGAAGUUCCUGGGCUCCUCAAACGGUAGUCUAUGCACUACUGGCUUUGACCAGUUACCUUUCGUGCAGGGCGUCUCUUCCAAUCUGUUCAAUGCAGCCAAUACCUCCACAUCUAGCUUACAGAACUCUUCCAUAUAUCCGAUCAUCCAGCUCCUCGAGAAGAUCAUCCCGGAGCAAGGACUAGAGCUUGCUCUCGCGCAGCUGCCAAAUCCGUUCCAUGGGCUCGCACCGCAAACGUACACUGAUACUAAUACCACAUUGCUCAUGCUUGGUGACGGCGGCGAAGAUGGAGAGGUGAUUCCCUUCCAACCGCUCCUCGUCAAGGCGCGUGGGGUAGAGGUCAUCUUCGCGAUCGACGCAGCCUCGGAUACGGAGGACAACUUCUCCGACGGCAGCUCGAUCAUCGCCACACAAGAUCGUGUAGCGCUCUUCCCCAACGCCUACUCCUUCCCGCCCGUUCCACCUCUCCAGUCCACCUUCCUCUCACAUAACCUAACUAAGCAGCCCACAUUUUUCGGAUGCAACGCGUCAUCAUCCGCAGAGCCCUUCGUAAUCUACCUCGCGAACGGCGGCGCGCCGCUCGGCCAGGCGGCGCUCACGAACACCUCGACGGAGCAGCUAUCGUACUCCGCAGCGCAGAUCGAUGGGAUGCUGCAGCAGGUGUUCGACGUCGCGACACAGGGGAUACCCACCGAGCAUGGCGGCGUGGCGGAGAAGGAUCCGGAGUGGCCAGCGUGCCUCGCAUGUGGGAUCGUGGAUCGCGCACGCGCACGCGCGGGGGUGGAGCGGAGCGGGGUGUGCGUUAGCUGCUUGGAGAGGUAUUGCUGGAGUUAG